CGCUGCAGGGAUUGCUGUCGACGAUCCGUCCAUAACCGUACGCUGCUCAGAAAUAGACAACCGUUGCACAUAUUCUUGUGGAGGAGCCUACUGGCACACACAUUCUACUCUCGUUUCCUACAAUGCAUUGCACAUGUUGACUAGUCUCCUGCAAUGCGUAGCACAUUGUGACUCGUCUGGAGGAAUGAGCGAGGAAACAAUCGAGAGCGAGAGAGCAAUCGAGAGAGAGAGAGAGAGCAGUGAGACAUACUUUUCCUCCUCCCCCUGUCGCAGAGUCGCGUCUUUUUGCACCGUCCUUCGUGCGUGUUGUCGCUGUCGAUCGUUUUCAUCUACUGGACGGAUCGGUAGCAGUUCCCAUUUGCCGUUGGUGUUUCAGCUAGACUUGGCAGCUCCUCGUGCCGUUGAAUUCUGUACAUUCGAGAACAGAGCGGCUACCGCAUUCAGCCUAGGGCUUCUUUGUGGAUCUCGAACAGAAGCUGCGAAAGAAGGAUUGGGGAUACGUGAACAAAACGUCUUUGCGCUGUAUGUUCUGGACACAGGCUAUCUCACUUAGUGGAAACGUCAUUGUGGCCUUUCUCGCGGAACCUUUACGACAGACUUGUGAGGGUAAAGUUGGUGCAGCGUGAGACACCCAAUAUCAUCAAGUGUGAAGGGAUCUGGAUCGGUCGUCACCUUUUUGGAUUGUGAGAGGUGCUUCAGGUUGCGUUGUGGUCUCGCAUAAUGGACAGGGAACCGGAUGAAAUGCGCAGUUUAGGUGUGGUAGGAAUCUGCAAGGAGGCAUAUAACAUUUUGCAACUACACUUACGUCUGUUCUUCUCCUUAGCUCUAACUCUGGUGCUGCCCCUCGGUGCUGUUAUCUUCUGUCACGACUUGAUAACUCACCCGUUAUGGCGGAAGAUCCACUGGGACUCAAAUGAGCUUGACAUGGAACAAGCAGGCUCAGCUGCAAGAGCUCAGACCCAAAGCCGUCUGGAUGCUGAGCUUUUCGGCUUAGGUGUGAUAACAGUCGUCUACGUAAUAUUCGUCCUAGCGUUCUCUCUUCUCUCAACAGCAGCCAUUGUGUACAGUGUGGCCAGCAUCUACACAGGAAAAGGGUUAUCCUAUUUGAAGGUUAUUAGCGUGGUUCCUAAGGUCUGGAAGCGUCUGUUUUUCACCUUCCUCUGGGCUCACGUGCUAAUUUUCUUAUACUACGUCGCAUUCUUCACGGUGCUCUUCCUACUACUCGCGUUAGAACACGCUACUGGCAUGAACGUGCUGUUUCUUGGCAUUCCAGUGCUGAUAGUAUUCUACACCUUUCUGUUCUAUUUCAAUGUGGUGUGGCAUCUGGCAAGUGUGGUGUCCGUUCUAGAAGGCAGCUAUGGCAUUGACGCGCUAAAGAAGAGCUCUGAGCUCGUCAAGGGCAAGAGAUGGAUAGGAUGCUGCGUGUUCCUCAUUUACACAGUGUGCACUUUCCUCGUCCUGUUCAUGUACAACCUCAUGGUGAGGACGCAUCAUCAUGUGCAGAGCUUGGUUGGCAGGGUCUUCUUCGGAUUGAUGCUGUUGCUGCUGUGGACGGCUGUGACUCUGAUUGGCAUCCUAGUGCAAACAGUUGUAUAUUUCGUAUGCAAGUCAUAUCACAACGAAAGCAUCGAUCGGUACGCGCUCUCGGAGCACUUAGAUGGCUAUUUGGGAGAAUAUAUGCCCCUUAAGGGUCCUGUCUCAUUGGAAGCCCUAGAAGCCGAACUGGAGGAGAUUUAAGUAGUUCUUCUUUAGAUUACGGUUUUGUGUUGAAUUCUCCAACAUUGGCGGUGCAUCAAGCUCAGCGGUCUGACUGUUGUAGAUAAAGUUGCAGACAGGGAUUACGUACCAGACUGGAUGACUUGUAAAUUUUAGGCUUAGUUUUUUUUUGAAUAUGAGAUUGUAGAUGGAAGCUGCGCUUGAGCAGCUCUGUUACCAAAUUGCAUCUCCCAGGUUUUACUACACAUGCAGGCCCUAUUAUCCUCCAUCAAAUUUCACGUUCGCAUGUUAACUGGUAUACACGAUGCGAAAGACCUCAGGAAGUCAGAGAGUUUCACGUAGUUUUACCCUCGAAAGUUUUCAACGAUGUUGCUCCUAUGGAUGUGAUGUAAAACAAGUCCUGUAUUAAAAGUCAAUUUGGGCUGAACACAUUUCGUAAAGAUUCAGCAAAAACCGAA